CUUCGCUCGUUCUUGUCCGCCCACUUUCACGACCGCGUCACGGCGUCACGCGCCAUGUCUCGCCGGAGCCGCCCGAACCGCCAUACUGCGCCGACGAGAUGUCAACCGCCCACAUUGGAUGUGCUGAUUGGCAACACGGUUUUGCCCAAGUUUUAUGACCCAAACGAGCCAGAUGUACCCAUCGUGGUAGGUGUGGAGGAGGAGGAGUAUGGCCUGCAAAUGACGUCCUGCGAGAAACUGCUUGCUACCGCCCGAGUGGAUGGUAAGUGUGUUCUCCUAUCCGAAGACAACCAUGUGCCACUAUGGCCCGACAAACCGAGGACACUUGAUGGGUUUGAAGCUUCAUUCACCCGCACACCGCUGGAAGAUGGUACAGAGGAGCGGAGCAGAAAAUACAAUCUGUUCACUUUUUGCCUUCCCAUCGAGGGCGAAGAUCCUGGGCAAGACAUGCACGGCUGGAUUGAAGUUGAUCUCUAUGAGUUGAUCGAGGAAGAACGUACACUGAACCAGGAACUCAACAGAAGAUCCACCACCUUGCGACGUUUGGAAGAUCCCUGCACUCCGGUCAUGUCAGCUUUGGAGAAGAAGGCAUGGUGGUCAGCAGGCGACGCUCCCAUCGCCACACGUCCUGGGCUCAGUCGAGAGAUGCAGUACCAGACUGGACCAGGCCGGAAUAAGUUUCGGAGAGGUCGACCAUUGUACACCCUAAAGAUCCACUACAUCAGUCAAGCCAAGUUCUCGCGCCUGUCCCUUGUGCGCUACACACCUGGCGGUUUGCGUCCAACAGCAGUUCUAUGGGCCGGUGCUUACGGUGCACAACCGUCCGUAGAGGACGGGGCCCUACGCGUGGUGGUCGAUGCGCCCAACGUGGCACGGUCUGGCGAAAGACCGAGCUCAGAGAAUCUUCGGCAGGUCAUUCUGCAGCUGCAGGCAGACACUCAGCAGCUGCAGAUGAAUCUUCAGGUGAUCCUGGUGUUCUCCAUCUCCUUGGCGCAAGCGCUGGACAUUCGAGGCGUGCGAGACCUUGGAGAUGGUCGGCUCCAGGUGUCUUUGCGCUGCGUACAGAACGGGCAGGAUGUGGAUGAAGUGGUGCUGCAAGAGGCUGCAGCUCCCGGAUGCCGUGGAUGUGUGAUUUCCAAUGAUGAAUUCCAAGACUAUGUUCACAGAGGCGUGGUGUCAUCACAGUGGCUGGAUCGCUUCCUGAUCCGCUUCGAGCUACGAGAUGCACGGGUGUCCCUGCGUGCGCCGCGUGCGCAUAGAGGCUCCUUGGCCGAGUUCUUAUCCAAUCUGGAGCCUCAGGGACGUGUGCUCGGGAGUUCGAGCGCGUCCAGAGGCUCAGGACCGGCAGGUGUGGCUGAGGCGGCCGCUUGGUCGCUGUCAACAGCGGCAGAAGCGGAAGCUGAAGGAGAUCGCGGACGUGAUGUGAACGUGGCCAGGGAUGAGCACUUGCAGACCGGAGACAUGCAGGUCCUUGGAAUCGAGGAUAGUGAAGAAGCAGGCUUUCAAAGGGCGAUGGCCGCCAGCAUGCAGAGAAGCAGUGAGGAUGAAGAUGUGGACUGGGCCAUCGCUGCGAGCUUGCAAGAGGUUGGUGAAAGACGCAGUGAAGAUGUGGACGUGGCGAGGGCCAUUGCAGCCAGUUUGCACGAACUUGGAAGCUACACCGAAGAUGAGGACGGGCAUGGCGGUGAAGAUGUAGAGGUGCAGGAGGCGAUUGCUGCCAGCUUGGCAUUCCAGAGGGGCAGCAGUGACGAUGUAGAUUUGCAGAGAGCGCUUGCUACAAGCUUGCAGAUUUACUAGGCUCAUUAGUCUUGUCUCCAAGCUGCUAGGAACUGGCAGCUGGAAGACAAACUGCAUGCACAUGUUUUUUUUUAAAUGCUGACCACUUGGAGGCAGCACUCCCACUGGACACUUGUGAGAAGCGGCCAUGUGGGGAUGACGAAAA